AUGGGGGAAGCGGCCCUGAAUUGUAUCCGCCAGGUUCCCGGCGCCACCGAGCUGGUGACGCAUUGGCACUGCGUUACUGCGUCGGUGGAGCAGGUGCAGGAAUGGGGGCGGCACCUCCCAAACCUGUACCUGGGGGUGACGGCUCUGUCCCUCAGAGCCGAAGCCACUCGUCGUGCCUUGAGAGAGCACGACCCCAGCAGACUGUUGCUGGAGUCUGAUGCUGCCUACCUGGUACCCUCUGGGGCAGGGGAGGGGCCCAACACCCCUUGGCCCCUGGGGCACGUGCUUCGUGAGUUGGCCUCACUGAGGGGGGAGGAUCCGGGCCAGCUGGCGAUUGUCCUCAAUGACAACGCCAGGCGGGUCUAUCCCUUCCAGAAGCACGUGCUACAUGAGUCCAAGGACAAGCGACCUCCUCUGAGGGAAAGCGUGUUUGAGGAAGUAACCGUUAGGAUAUCUGGACACGGAUGUAUAAUAACGAAACAUUCUACAGAUGCAGACUGUACCGGUCUGGGACUGACAUCAAUCCCUAGGGAUCUUCCUCCUACCUUGGUCCAUCUCGAUGUAUCUCACAACCCAAUCAGAGUAUUACGGAAUGGAUCCUUUAAACAUCUCAUCCACCUAGAUGCAUUAUUCCUAGAAGACUGUUCAUUGACAGAAUUGGAGCCUCAAGCAUUUGACUCUUCAAAGAUAGAUAUGAAGCCUACAUGGAUAUUCCUCUUAUCGAUGUUUGCUGCCAAUAACAUCACCAGAACAUAUGGACACAGAUUAUACUCCCUAUCCACUCACCUGGGUACUAGAAUAAACAAUUUUACUUUACCCCAAUCAUUAAAGGUGAUUAAUAUAUCCUAUUUUACAGCCCAAAAUAUAGAUAUAGACGAUACUUUCUUGAUAGAAAACAAUCGUUUAAAAGUUCUAGAUAUCACAGGUACGAAACUGGACAAUUCAUGUAGACAGGUCCUUAAAGGAUUGUAUAAAUUAAAACACCUCAAUGUGUCACGUUUACAAUGUUCUUCUUUGUCAAAGGAUUUUUUCCGUAAUUACACUAGUUUGGAGGAACUCGUGUUCAGGAGUUCUCACCUUGAUGUCGGCCUCACUGAUGAGGUUUCCAUGGACCUAUUGAGUGGUCUAUCACUAUUGAAAUACGUAGAUUUUUCUGGAAACAAGUUGACGAACUUGCAAGACAACGUUUUCACUUCUCAAAGAGACGUUCUCAAAAGUCUAACACUUGCUGAUAAUCGGUUAACCGGUGUUCCUAACAACAUCAAAUAUCUUACGAAUCUUUCAGUUCUUGAUCUAACAUCGAAUGUAAUAUCAUCAUUGGGGGAACAUGAACGUUUGAUGUUGGAAACUCAUCGUACAAAAGUUCCUAACUUCCGAGUUUUACUGAAGGGAAAUCCUUUUGAAUGUAGUUGUCAAACUGUCAACUUUAUCGAGUGGAUAUAUACAACAAAACUUGCCCUGGAUGAUCCGAACAACUACAUGUGUACCGACCGGAGUGGUGUUAAUAUGAAGAUCGUAUCCAUUUAUAACAAAUUAUCUACAUUUAGGGAGACAUGCGUAGACAGGACAUGGCUUAUUUUCUCAAUAUGUGCGUCAAUCUUGUUUGUUCUCGUGUUGGUUACCGUCGCGGUGGGAUACCGUUACAGAGUUUCCAUUAACUACUGCUGCCUGGUGAUCCGCAGACGAUACCGAGGAUAUCACAAUAUAGAAGGGGACACAACUCAAUAUAAAUACGAUGCUUUUGUAUCCUACAAUUUUGAGGACUACAAAUUUGUUUGUAAUGAUUUAAUGGAUCAUGUCGAGAGGGAGAUGAAUCUGAAAUUGUGUUUACACCAUCGCGACUUUACACCAGCUGUCGACAUAACUGACAAUAUAAUGGAUGCUAUCAGUGAGAGUAAAUGGAUUAUCAUCGUCAUUACAAAGAGUUUUCUGUCUAGCACGUGGGGCCAGUUUGAAAUAGAAAUGUCCAGGAGACAUAUGUUUCAGAGAAACAGCUCCAACUUGAUCGUGAUCAUGCUUGAUGACAUAGACAAAGUUAAAAUGCCGAGGAAGUUAUUCAGAAUAUAUAACCAGAUCACGUGCUUAGAACAUCCUGGGCGAAAUACAUACUUACAAUGGAAGGACAGUGAUUAUGAUGUUGGAGAUGAUCACUUAUUCUGGGUCUAUUUGCAAAACACGUUAUUGUCCUAGAGAAUGUUCUUAACUGGUAACACAAUCAAUAAGUAUGUUACAUGUGUAUUAUUCAAAUGGCAAUAAAGUAUUGUAUAUGGUAUCUUAAUCCUCCAUUUAGUGAAACUCGUUUAAGUAUUUUAAUAGGAUGUUUUAUAUUAAGCUUAUAAGCACAAAGUUACUCAGUUUUUGAAGAAAUGGAGAUGUGAAUGAAGCAUAAAAUUGUCUAAAGAGAGACACAGAGGGAGUCAAACCUUUGACUUCAAUUUACAAGACUGGCGUU